AUGGAGCAAAUGCAACAGACAGGAUACCUGCAGGAGACCCGGAGAGGCAGCAAGGAUCAUCCCAACUCGGAAUUUCAUAUUGGCAUCGACUACAGGUCUGAGCUGUUCCAGACACGCGUGGGCUCAGAUCAUGUCAUUGAGCACGUUGCUUUUGAUCACCCUACCCCUGACAAGACUGGUCUUUCGACAUUCGUCACCAACAACACAAUCGAGUCGCCUCAUUUCAAUCCAUAUCAUAUAACUCUGCCGGAAAAUGUAGUGUUUUCCGUCUCGCGGCUUCUCGAAGGAAUUUCUCAUGUUCUCGAGGGCAGGCCACAAGACCUCAUUUCCAGCAUACGUUUCGGAACAAACUUCGUGACAAAAAGUGUGUAUGGCAUGUUCCAUUGCAUUGGUGAAAAGACGUAUCUCGAUGAUCUGUGGUAUCGGCUGUGGUUCCAGCAAUAUGGGCAGCCGCUGUUUGAAGCCGCGGUCCGAUCAGUCAAAGAGGGGAAGAAGAUUUCCGACACACCAAUUGAUGGACGAAAGUGGGAGGUCGCCCAUGGAUAUCCGAAGACUCCUGAGAUGGACUUGCAGGCUGGUGGUGUAUAG